AUGUCCGACGACAAGCAGAAAGGCGCUGAUGCGCAGAAGGUAAGCCUCGACUCGAGAAACUCCCUUGUGGUAGGAACCUGCUGCUGGUGCUGACCUCGACUCAACUACACCUGCUUGUCCCCACCUGGCAGAACAUCACCAGCUGGGCCGACAAGAACGGCGAGUUCAAGCGACUCCCGUACGUAACUUCAUUUUGACUUGUUGUAUGUCGUGCACUGAGUCUCGACUUGAUAUCUGCCCCACAGUUCCGUCUUCCGCAACCACAUUGAGCAAGGCGGCAAGCAUCCUCCCGAAAAGGGCCGUUACACCCUCUACGUCUCGCUGGCCUGCCCCUGGGCCCACCGCACGCUUAUUGUCCGCAAGCUCAAGGGACUCGAGAAGUUCAUCGAUGCCUCGGUCGUUCACCCCUUCAUGGGUGCGCUCGGAUGGAGCUUCUACCCUCCCAUUCGCGACGAGGAUGGUGCCUACCCUGUGACUCACGGUGAGACGGGUCCCGACGAUGGAGUCCAAGGCGUGAUCCGCGAUCCCCUCUACGAUUCCAAGUUUGUGCGAGAGCUUUACUUCAAGGCUGACAAGGAGUACAAUGGAAGGUGAGUAUGGGCUGCGAAGAGCGGCACCUUGUCUUGAAUUGUGCCUGACGAUUUAAACUUCGGCUCGCCUGUAGAUUCACGGUGCCCGUCUUGUGGGACAACAAGGUCGGUCUCCAGUUGGCAAUCAGUAAUCACGAUGAUUUGUUCCUAACGUGAUCGAUUUCGACCUCUCUAGGAAGCGACGAUCGUCAACAACGAGUCGUCCGAGAUCAUCCGCAUGCUCAACACCGAGUUCAACUCAGAGCUUCCCUCGGAGUUCGCUUCGCUUGAUCUGUACCCCGAGUCGCAGAGGCAAGAGAUCGAUGCGCUCAACGAGUGGGUUUACUCGGACGUCAGCAAUGGAGUGUACCGUUCCGGCUUCGCGACGUCGCAGAAGGCCUACGAAGAUGCGGUCAAGAAGCUGUUCGCCAGCUUGGACCGCCUUGAAAAGAUCUUCAGCAACGGCAAGGCGUACCUCGUCGGGGACAAGCUGACCGAGGCCGAUGUGAGGCUCUACACGACGAUCGUGCGCUUCGAUCCCGUGUACCACGGUCACUUCAAGUGCAAUCUUGGCUCGAUCCGCCACGACUUCCCCAACCUCAACCGCUGGGCGCAGAACCUGUACUGGAAGUCGCCGGCGUUCAAGGACACGACCGACUUUGACCACAUCAAGAGGCACUACUACAUGUCGCACGGCCACAUCAACCCUACGCGUGUCGUUCCCGUCGGACCGUUGCCCAACAUCGAGUCGCUCUAG